AUGUCGGCAUCGGAACAAGGACCCAAAAUCAAGUACGGAGAAACCGCACCCAAGCUAGACAAAGCCCAGCUGCAGUUCAUGAAAUUGAUCGAGGAGCAGAACUUUGAUCGUGUCCAGAAAUUAAAACGCGUUCGACGCAACAACUUGCUUACAGCCGGAGCGCUUGGCUUUUCAGUUCUGGCCAUUUACGGCUACUCCAUAUUCUCGGUGCAGCAGGAGAAGUUCCUCGACGACUUCGAGGAGCCGAAGAAAGUCAACACCAACUAA